GUGCCUGUGCAGACUAUCCAGAACACCCGUGUGGUGCUCCGCCCUUCCUCCAGACUACCUCACACUGGUCCUGCUCCGAGACCCCUGCACUGGGAGCUGACUACAAAUUCCGCCUUCUGUGUUUCCAGAGCCAGAGACAUGCCCUGAAAUCCCGAUGACCGCUGUCAGGGCCUUUGGGUGACUGGCACAUGCACCAUGGAACUCAAAGUAUGGGUGGAUGGAGUUCAGAGGAUUGUUUGUGGGGUCACUGAAGUCACAACUUGCCAAGAGGUUGUAAUAGCCUUAGCCCAAGCUAUAGGUCGAACCGGAAGAUACACCCUUAUAGAAAAAUGGAGAGAUACUGAAAGACACUUGGCACCUCAUGAAAACCCCAUCAUAUCCCUAAACAAGUGGGGGCAGUAUGCUAGCGACGUACAGCUCAUUCUGCGCCGGACCGGGCCGUCUCUCAGUGAGCGACCCACCUCGGACAGCGUGGCUCGGAUUCCUGAAAGAACUUUGUACCGACAGAGUCUGCCCCCCUUAGCCAAACUGAGGCCUCAGGUGGACAAGUCAAUCCAAAGGAGAGAGCCUAAGAGAAAGUCACUGACGUUCACGGGAGGUGCCAAGGGCUUAAUGGACAUUUUUGGAAAAGGGAAGGACACCGAACUGAAGCAGAGGGUGCUGAGCACCUGCAGGACCACCGCGGGUGAGCUGAGGGAGCUGAUCCGGCUGCAGACCGAGAAACUGCAGGCCAUCGAGAAGCAGCUGGAAUCCAGCGACCUGGAGAUACGGUUCUGGGAGCAAAAGUAUCAUUCGAACCUGGAAGAGGAAAUCAUCCGCCUGGAGCAAAAGAUCAAAAGAAAUGACGUAGAAAUCGAGGAGGAAGAAUUCUGGGAAAACGAACUGCAGAUCGAGCAAGAAAACGAAAAGCAGCUGAAGGAUCGACUUCAAGAAAUACGGCAGAAAAUCACAGACUGUGAGAGCAGGUUAAAGGACUACCUGGCACAGAUCCAGACGAUGGAGAGCGGCCUGGAAGCGGAGAAACUGCAGCAGGAAGUUCAGGAGGCGCACGUCAACGAGGAGGAGGUGAAGGGGAGGAUCGGCAAGGUCAGGGGGGAGAUCGACGUCCAAGGGCAGCAGAGCCUGAGGCUGGAGAACGGCAUCAAAGCCGUGGAGCGCUCUCUCGGGCAGGCCUCCAGGCGGCUCCAGGACAAGGAGCAAGAGCUGGAGCAGCUGACCAAAGAGCUGCGGCAGGUCAACCUCCAGCAGUUCAUCCAGCAGACGGGGACGAAGGUCACCGUGCUGCCCGCAGAGCCCGCUGAGACCGAGGCCACCCAGACAGACAUGGAGAAGGAGGUGCCAUUCCAGUCCGGGUCCCUGAAGCGACCCGGCUCAUCACGGCAGCUCCCCAGUAAUCUCCGUAUUCUUCAGAACCCCAUCUCAUCUGGUUUUAAUCCUGAGGGCAUCUAUGUAUAACGUUGUCUGCCUGCGGGGGAAACUGUAGUCAAGGUACCAAGGACGGUCAAGUUCCUUCUUCAGUCUGUGCCAAUGAUGAAUGGAGGCUGUUUCAAGCCGCUGUAUCCUUUCUCCUGCAUCCCGCACUUGGAGCCAUACCCCGUGCACUGAUGCUAAACAACAAAGAAACCGUUUCACUUUGCAGUAUUGACAUUUUGUCCAGCAGCUGUAAUGCAAAGCCUUUGUUUUUAUUUGUAGCAUUUCAAGAGCAUUAGGAAAGUAUUACACUAUGUUUAUACACGAAUAAACCAUGACUGAGGAGUAAAGAACAAUC